AUUACUGUACACUCCAUGCACAGCACUGUAUAUCAUGUCCAUCACUGUACACCCCAUGCACAGCACUGUAUAUCAGGUCCAUCACUGUACACUCCAUGCACAGCACUGUAUGUUGGGUCCAUCACUGUACACUCCAUGCACAGCACUGUAUAUCAGGUCCAUCACUGUACACUCCAUGCACAGCACAGUAUGUUGGGUCCAUUUCUGUACACUCCAUGCACAGCACUGUAUAUCAGGUCCAUCACUGUACUCCAUCACUGUACACUCCAUGCACAGCGCUGUAUAUCAGGUCCAUCGUACACUCCAUGCACAGCACUGUAUAUCAGGUCCAUCACUGUACACUCCAUGCACAGCACAGUAUGUUGGGUCCAUUACUGUACACUCCAUGCACAGCACUGUAUAUCAUGUCCAUCACUGUACACCCCAUGCACAGCACUGUAUAUCAGGUCCAUCACUGUACACUCCAUGCACAGCACUGUAUGUUGGGUCCAUCACUGUACACUCCAUGCACAGCACUGUAUAUCAGGUCCAUCACUGUACUCCAUCACUGUACACUCCAUGCACAGCGCUGUAUAUCAGGUCCAUCGUACACUCCAUGCACAGCACUGUAUAUCAGGUCCAUCACUGUACACUCCAUGCACAGCACAGUAUGUUGGGUCCAUUUCUGUACACUCCAUGCACAGCACUGUAUGUUGGGUCCAUCAUUGUACACUCCAUGCACAGCACUGUAUAUCAGGUCCAUCACUGUACACUCCAUGCACAGCACUGUAUGUUGGGUCCAUUACUGUACAAUGCAAUUCAGUCCAGUCUCUAGGGUUCAGUAUGAGGUCCAGUCCAAUUAAUCUUUUCCAUUCUCCCCUAUCUACCCUCCCUCCUUGAAGCCAAGCACACUAGCCUGGAGCCAGCAGCAGUCAGCCAGUGGGUCUCAGUUCCAGCUGAUUCCCUCCUCCCCUUCUAGGCUUCCUGAGAUUUUCCCAAACCCCCUCACAUCUGCCAGGGAGAGCAGGACAGCCCCCACUUCCACAUCUGGGCUGGAUCCUGUUUACUGAGACCUGACAUGGCAUGAAGUGAGCCUUCAUCUAACCCUCAGCCUUCCACCGCAUCUCUGCCUGCAAGGUGAGGGGGACACUGGGGCUGGAGGUGAGGUGGGGAAUCUGACAAUGAUUGGGGGGAGGACUGGGGGAAUGUGACAAUGAUUGGGGGGGAUCUGACAAUGAUUGGGGGAGGACUGGGAAUCUGACAAUGAUUGGGGGGGAGAACUGGGGGAAUCUGACAAUGAUGGGGGGGAAUCUGACAAUGAUUGGGAGGGAGGAGUGGGGGAAUCUGACAAUGAUUGGGGGGGACUGGGGAAUCUGACAAUGAUUGGGGGGAGGACUGGGGGAAUCUGACAAUGAUGGAGAGAGAGAGUUACUGGGAAUCUGACAUUGAUGGAGAGAGAGAGAGUUACUGGGAAUCUGACAUUGAUGGAGAGAGAGAGUUACUGGGAAUCUGACAUUGAUGGAGAGAGAGAGAGUUACUGGGAAUCUGACAUUGAUGGAGAGAGAGAGUUACUGGGAAUCUGACAAUGAUGGAGAGAGAGAGUUACUGGGAGUCUGACAAUGAUGGAGAGAGAGAGUUACUGGGAAUCUGACAAUGAUGGAGAGAGAGAGAGUUACUAGGAAUCUAUCAUUGAGAGAGAGAGUUACUGGGAAUCUGACAAUGAUGGAGAGAGAGAGUUACUAUGAAUCUGACAAAGAUGGAGAGAGAGAGUUACUAGGAAUCUGACAUUGAUGGAGAGAGAGAGUUACUGGGAAUCUGACAUUGAUGGAGAGAGAGAGUUACUGGGAAUCUGACAUUGAUGCAGAGAGAGUUACAGGGAAUCUGACAUUGAUGGAGAGAGCUACUGGGAAUCUGACAUUGAUGGAGAGAGAGAAUUACUGGGAAUCUGACAAUGAUGGAGAGAGAGUUACUAGGAAUCUGACAAUGGUGGAGAGAGAGAGUUACUAGGAAUCUGACAAUGGUGGAGAGAGAGAGUUACUAGGAAUCUGACAUUGAUGGAGAGAGAGAGUUACUGGGAAUCUGACAUUGAUGGAGAGAGAGAGAGUUACUGGGAAUCUGACAUUGAUGGAGAGAGAGAGUUACUGGGAAUCUGACAAUGAUGGAGAGAGAGAGUUACUGGGAAUCUGACAAUGAUGGAGAGAGAGAGUUACUGGGAAUCUGACAAUGAUGGAGAGAGAGAGUUACUAGGAAUCUAUCAUUGAUGAGAGAGAGAGUUACUGGGAAUCUGACAAUGAUGGAGAGAGAGAGUUACUAUGAAUCUGACAAUGGUGGAGAGAGAGAGUUACUAGGAAUCUGACAUUGAUGGAGAGAGAGAGUUACUGGGAAUCUGACAUUGAUGGAGAGAGAGAGUACUGGGAAUCUGACAUUGAUGCAGAGAGAGUUACAGGGAAUCUGACAUUGAUGGAGAGAGCUACUGGGAAUCUGACAUUGAUGAAGAGAGAGAGAAUUAUUGGGAAUCUGACAUUGAUGGAGAGAGAGAGUUACUGGGAAUCUGACAAUGAUGGAGAGAGAGAGUUACUAGGAAUCUGACAAUGGAGGAGAGAGAGAGUUACUAGGAAUCUGACAUUGAUGGAGAGAGAGAGUUACUGGGAAUCUGACAUUGAUGGAGAGAGAGAGAGUUACUAGGAAUCUGACAUUGAUGGAGAGAGAGAGUUACUCGGAAUCUGACAUUGAUGGAGAGAGAGAGUUACUGGGAAUCUGGCAAUGAUGGAGAGAGAGUUACUAGGAAUCUGACAUUGAUGGAGAGAGAGAGAGUUACUGGGAAUCUGACAUUGAUGGAAAAAGAGAGAGUUACAGGGAAUCUGACAUUAAUGGGGAGAGAGAGUUACUGGGAAUCUGACAAUGAUAUUAGAGAGAGUUUAUCUCUUACAUAACGUGAAUUCUAAUACCAAAAGGGCAGCAUUUUUCCUGCCUUACCCAUCAGCGUGAAUACAUUUUCUGCAUACAAGAAAACUCAGUGCCUGGAAAGCGUUCAUAUAAUCUAACUUCUAUUCUGACCUCAUAGCUCCUGAUCCUAAAAAUUUUAAGAAAAACUCUAAUGCACAAUAACCACUGCAGCCCAUUGCAGUGGUUGUGGUGCUAGGAUUGUCCUGGUACCUUUGCAGAAUAAUAAGUCAAACUGUUUUAGAAAAGUUUGCCAACUUACCUGGCUUUUGUCAGGCACCUGCUGCGCUGCAUCCAGUCUUCACGAAGCAGAUAAGCACAGUCAAUACAGGACUACGUUCAUUGGUUGAGAACACUGACUCUUUCAGAUAAGGAGCGCUGUCCUCUACGGGUCUACUUAGCUCAGUAAAACUAACAUAUUCUCCUGCAGGAGUAGACCAGAUGCAAGGUCUGCUACCUAGGUAUCCAGGACCAAGGUAAGUUGUAAAACUCUUCUAAAAGCAUGCGUGGGAUAGGAUAAGGCUAUCCUAACUAUAAGAUAAGGCCAGGGACUAAUGAAAGUAUUUAGAAAAUUGGGCAGACUAGAUGGGCCGAAUGGUUCUUAUCUGCCGUCACAUUCUAUGUUUCUAUGUUUCUAAAAGGUUUAACAAUUUACACUGGGAUGGUGCCUGUUAUUUGUAGCAGUUAUGGAGCUCGAAGUUUCCCUUUAAAUUACUUAAUGAGCUUGACCUGUAACAGUUUGCAUGGGGACCAAUAUCAAAAUUAAUUUUGAAGAACCACAAGUGCCAAAUUCCUGCCCUUCUGGGAUAUUAAAUAUUAGUUAAAUGUCACAAGGUCAGCUCAUUUAAAGCAUUGCAGAGUAUUAUCAAACAUUUAUCUGCCAUUUAUGAUUUGUUUAAUUAGAACCGAAAUUAGUCACAUGCAAAGUACAACUUCAUCACGAAUCUUUGAAGUUAAACUACAAACAAGACCCUAAAUUCCUUUUGUGACUUGAAAUUAGUUAGGUAACAGGGUACUCUAAAUUAAAGGUAUACUCAAAGUACCAUAACCACUACAGCUAAUUUUAGUGAUUAUGGUGCAAGGACUCCAAUUGGAACAGUCCUUUUCAAAGUCCUAAAAAAAAGUUUGACGAAAAAAAAAUAUUUAGGAAUUUUGCUUCCUCAUUAUCAGUACCAAUAUUGGAAUGAUUGCAUACCCCCCAACAUCGGUGACGCGAGAAGUGUCAAGGUAAAAGGUGGUGGACCUGCUUGGAAAGGGGGCAGGUCUGCCAGAAAAACAGGCAGGUCAGCUUUGUGUGAAUGCAUGCCGGGGCUGCCAUCAGAAAUUUUGAGGCCCCUUACACAGCUUUAAGGCCUAGGCCCCGUCAUGUGUGAAAGGACAUCUGAGAAAAAAAACAUUUUCCAAGCAUUUCUUUUAAAUAAGUCCGGUGCUCAGAAAUGUGCAGGUGUCUCUGGAUGAGCCAUUCCAAAGCUAGCUUAUUUUUUUAAUAAAAGAAAAUCACUCCCAAAAAAACAACUGCGUAUACGCUAGGUGGUCUCGUAUUGCGCAAUCGUUUUAACCCAUUGAGUAUUGAUGAACUCAGUCCCAUGUGAAAUUUAUUGUUGGGUCAAAGCGUGAUUUAUCCCAGAUCAUCGUGCAUUCUUGAGCGCAUUUUCCGACAUAGCUCAUUAACCCGCAUUCUAUUUGCCAAUCUGUCACAGUAAUUACUGCGUAGUGACAUAGAUACAGAGCGUUCCAUCUGGUUUAGUGUUUUUUUUAAGGCAGUAAGGGGGCCCCAGUGCACUGUGGAAACCACCAGCAUUGCUCGCAAAAAUAUACAAGCGAAAUGCGAUGCACUCUUAGUAACUUACGGAAAAAAAGUUCUCUUUUUUUUUUUUGCUCAUGAAUAUUUGCCAAGAAACUAAAAUCUGGUGAUUGCAAAAACAGCUGGGACUACUCGGUGUGUAAUCCACCGUCACAGUCACCAUACAAGUGGAUAGUCUGCAUCUGCAAGAGUAAUGUGCAGACAUGUUUCUAUCAGGUUUUUAUGUCUUGCACUAGACCGGCUGUUUUUAACCCCUUGGGUAAGGCCCCCAAACUAAUUAAGAACACUUUCGCACUACUGAUCAGAGAGCUAAGUCUCUUUCACAGAGCCUCAAGCCUACAAUAGCAACUUUCAACUGCAACAGUCUUUGUCAAACCUCGUCAAAGCUAUGAGUUCAUUUUAGUUUUUGUGUUUUAUUUUGUAGAUGCUGUACUACAUCAUUAAUGUCCAAAACCUUCUGCUUGACCCCCUCCCCCCACCCUGUUUUAUUGGGAUCUUACAGACCCCAAAAACUUUGUUUUUUUUCCAUGUAUGAUGUCUGUGUAACUUUUUUUAUUCUAAUCUGCAGCACUGAGAAGGUUAGGUGAAUAUUAAGUAUAAAUAGGUAAGAAGUUUCGGUUCUGAAAGCUGAGGCUUGCAGAGUCCAGUUCGGUUUUUGGAUUGCUUGUCUUCGCCAUUGGUGUUGAUUUUACUGAGCUCUAUUUUGCCUCCGGAAGAAACAGUUUCAACAGAAAAGCAGUUAGCUUGCAGUCUUUUGGGGUUUUUUUUUUUUACUAUUUUUUUUUUACACCUGCAGCCGAUUAAAAUUAUAGUGACUACUGCUGGUCAAUGUUUCAGUAAAACAGAAAAUAAACACAAGCUAAAUAAGAAAAAGUUAACGCUACUUUUAAAUGCAUAAAUUUUGUAUGCCCCCAGGAUAUUCUAGUGACUUUAAGAAGUAUUUCAAUCUUAGACUCGCUUUAGAAAUCAUCUUCCCUUUGGAGGCUUAUCACUAAAAGAAUAAAAUAAUGAUUAUAGAUUAUAGAGGGGUGUUUAUGGUAUGUGGCAUGUGUACUUUGAAUGGUUAUAUGCAAAGUACUCACCCUCUAUGAUUGAUAGCAGAGUGUGUGUCUGCAUGAAGAAUAAGAUGGUCAGCCUGGUGUGAAUGCAUGUCAGGCUGCCUUCCAAUCAUGCAGGAUGACCAACCAAGGACAUCCUAUGCAGAAAGCCCCCUUAGCCUGGCAUAAAUGCGUCUAAUGAUGCGCUCGCUCUACGCUUUCUAAGGACUGUCCUCUACCACUUACUUGUCCACUCCUCUCCUAUCCUUCUUACUAGCAGGCAGAGGCUCCUAUUAUACAGUCUGGGACAGAGAAAAGGUGUAUGGUGCGUGUAGAAGAAAGGGAACAUGCCACAGUGUUAGAGAGACUGAAGAAGCAACAGUAUUUGCAUAGUGCGCAAAGUCAGCUUUACCUUAACUGAUUUAUUUGUCAGCCAGUCCACACAAGUUUUGUUCCCCUACAUCCCUCUUAAGUUUCCAUACUUCAGCAAAAGCAUGUGAAGAGUAGUAAAUAAAUAAAUAAAUAAAUAUAUAUAUAUUUUAUCAAUGGGUCUAUUCCAUAGGCAUGGGCCUGGAGUUGCAGCUCCAUUAGCCCCUAUGUUAAAACGGCCCUGCCUCUAAACCACUGUGCAAAGAGGCACUUCAUCUCAUUGAUGUGGUUAAUAUUUCCGAAGUCCGCUGGCACUAUCCCACUAUUCGGUGUUAAAUCAUUUUCAUUAAGUUUAAACUGAAUGAGGGUCCCUGACCACCCAAAAUCCAGCCCCAUUCUGCUGCCAAAGCUAAUGCAUCAGCUGGAACAUGUGUGGGCAGCAGUGAUAGACUGAGAACAAUAGUUGAGCCUAUGACAUUGUUCAGCUGGGGCCAGGUCUACGGGCGCCUGGGGACAUCAUUUAGUCACCUAACAGUUGGAAAGGCUGUUAUGCAAAUAAUAAUUUCUGAAGUCUAAAAUAAUGUAAUAAUUAACACUAUAUUUAUCUCUGUCCUUGAAAUAAGCUUCUCGUCCCCCUGUCAAUCAUUCUCAUAAGCACCUUGAUUGCAUUAUGUGCCCUUGUUGUGCCAAGACUGGGCUGUGAUGUAAAGUGUUAAAUCCUUAAUAUACCUUUAUAAGACAUUGAACAUGAAACAUGAGAUCACAUGAAAAAAAGGCUAAAAUUAGUUUAUAGUGAUUUUCAGUUUUUAAUUCAACGCUGCUAUUUCCAGUGAAAUGUUGAUUCUCAAUUAAUAUAUAGAUUGGUUCUUUUGUGAAUAUUAGCUCCAAUAUGUAAAACUGCAUUUGCCGUAAAUGCACUCUGAAAGCAAAUGCUGUCAGCGUACUUAAAAUCUUGCUCCCUUUAAGUAGUUUUAUUCCAAAAUAAACACCAUUGUCUAUUCAUCCGAAUUGGUACAUAGCUGUAAGACUUCCUGUGUAAUGAUUUCACUUUGUACACGACCCUUUCUCCGGGGCAUUGACGCACUAUAAAUAUCCUAUAAAUAUUUUGCUGGACUCUGUUCUUUUAAUCCAAGGAGUGAAUUGCUUUCAUGUCUUUUCCUCUUCAGUGAAAUGCGACCCUGUGUUCAUGUCUUUUUCUUUGUGUGGCUGAUGGUCUGCUCCCAUGGGUCCAAUGGACAAGAGGAAGAAGAGGAAUAUGAGUAUUACGGAGAGGUCCCGCCAGAUGAGGACAAUGAUGACAGACCAUUGGAAGAAAUCAAACCAAGCUCUCCCACCAUGCUCUGUCCCAAGGACUGCACCUGUACCCAGGAAGGAGUGGUGGAUUGUGCAGGAGUAGACCUACGGGAGUUUCCAGCCGAUCUUCCUGAAUAUACUAACCACCUCUCCCUGCAGGUCAGAGAUACUCACUAGUGUAUAUGUAUUUCUUUAGGUCAGCUGGGAUAGAAUUAUGGAACUGUACCCCAAAUCCAGCUUCUGGGACAAUGGAUGGAUAUCCAAGCUCCUGAAGAAUUUUGAAACCUUGAUCCUCAAGUGCAAUUAAAACAGCAGAUGAAGAGUUAUGAAUAGAUUAGAACAUGAUUUCCCAUUCAGUUAGUAAGCCUUCCUAGUUCCUUAUGGAAUUCAGAUAGUUAUAUUGUCAUAUCCGCAUUGCAUUCUCUGCAUUUUUGUGGUAAACGAAAUGUUAAUGUCUUGUCUUCUCUCUACAAACUGCUGGGUUAGAAUUUGUCCACACAGGGUUGCAGAAACAAAUCCCCCCAUAUGUUCUACUCUUCUGUCUUUUCCUAUUUACCCCACCACCACCCUAGUGCUGGUGUCUAUUAACCUACGGCUAAUCGUAACUUGCUUGUAGCUCUAGAAUGAAAUAUAUGUUAGUUAAAGAUUAUGCUUGUUCCUUUCUAAGAUGAUAAACAGGGCCGGCCAAGAGUUUUGAUGCAUUACAUACAUUUCCAUAGGCGUGCGCAGCCUAUUGCAUUAGGGUGUGCACCCUAAAGCACAAACACACGCCGUGUGUGUGUGUGUGUGUGUGUGUGUAUGUAUCUAUAUAUAUAUGUAUGUGUAUAUAUCUAUAUAUACAUAUAGAUAUAUACACACACACUGCUGUGUGUGCUGUUAGUGUGCUGUGAGUAUGAUGUGAGGGUGUUUGUGUGUGUGUGUGUGUGUGUGUUUGUGACUGUGCUGUUUGUGUGUGUAUGUUUGGCCUGUGAGGGUGCUGUUUGUGUGAGUGUUGUGUAUUUGUGAGGGUGCUGUUUGUGUGUGUGUGUUUGUGAGGGUGCUGUUUGUGUGUGUGUGUGUUUGUGAGGGUGCUGUUAGUGUGCUGUGUGUGAGGGUGUUGUGUUUUUUUUAAAGGUGCUGUGUGUGUUUGUGAGGGUGCGGUUAGUGUACUGUGUGUGUGUGAGCUGUAUGUGUGUAGGUGCUGUAUGUGUGUGUGCUGUAUGUUUGGAGGGAUUUGGCAGAUUAGUAAAUCCUUGCUGCCAUGUGCCAUCCCUGGUGGUCCAGUGGAGAGUGAACUCUAGCCUGCGGGGCUAGAGUUAACUCUCGCGAGAUCUGAGCGUUGCCGCAGCAACGCUCAGAUAUCGCGAGAGGAACCUGGCGGAGCUUCUGUCUAGAGCUCCCUGGGUCCUCUCCUGCCUCCCUCCAUGCUGCUGUGGGCCGGUGAGGUAGAUCUUUGGUCUCCCCGCCGGCCCAUGGAGGCUUAGAGCAGAGCCGGCACUCAGAUAGCGCCGGCUCUGCGUGUAUGUGUGUAUAUAUAUAUAUAUAUAUGUAUAUAUAUAUAUAUAUACAAUACAUACGAAGUAAUAGGUGGAGCUGUGUAAUGUCCUAUAUCUGUAAGACAGAAUAAAUGCAAAUAGCGUAGAGAGUCUGCACAAAUAAUAAUAGAAGUAAAAAUAAAAUCGUUGAACUCACAAGGUUGGAGUCAUACCAUCAUAUGACUCUAGCGGUAUGUUCCUUUGGACCAUUAGGGGGUUGUCCAGACCCUUCUAUCGUUGGUUACUGGAUACUCCUCUUUAGUGGUCCUUUUUGUGUCCCCCAAGGAAUUCUCAGUAUGAUGCUUAUUCUUAAAAUAGAUAUUUCUUUAUUUCCAAUAUAAAAUGUUAACAAAAAUUUACAGUAAACAAAAAUACUAUACCAAUAAAUAUUGGAUAUAGAUAAAGCAGGUUAGAGUGUCCAAAACGCGUUUCGCCUGAUAUACAGGCUUCCUCAGUUGGCUCUGUGUUGUUUCCUUUCUAUUAAAAGAAUUUCCAGCUGGUUUUGCCGCUUUUAUAUGAUACUUCCGGGUUUCGGCUUCUUGGAACGCAACGUGCGUUCCGGCGCCGGUAUUUACUUCCGGGUUCCGGCCGCCGGAACGCAACGUGCGUUCCAUAACUGUCUCUCAUUUCAACAUUACGUUGAGAUGGAACGCACAUGUGUUCAGAUUAGUCAGCUGAUGGUUUCAUCUGUCGGAGCUUCUCUGUCCAGCAGAGCUAUAGAGCAUCCUUCUUUUGUACUUCAUAAUAAUAACCAAUCAUGUAUGGGAAUUAUAUAUAUAAACAUAAAGAGGGUUAUAUAUAACAAAUCUUUCUUACCUAUUUUAUUAGAAGCACAUUGUGAUAUAAUAGACCUUAGGUAUUUUCACUAAGAGAUUAGUCCUUUAUCAUUUUUUAUAUUAUAGCUUAUUGGAUUUAAUAGCCCAUUUUUUAUCAGUUUAAGUACAAUAUCACUUAUUUUUUCAUUAAAUAUUAUCAAUACAAAUAUUAUUGGUAUUAUUUAUGAUAUAUUAUUAUUAUUUUUUUUUUUUUAUACAUGUUUUUUCUUCACAAGGUAUACAUAGGUAUGUUUGAUAAAACUGGAUGAGAAAGAUUUGUAAUAUAUAACCCUCUUUAUGUUUAUAUAUAUAAUUCCCAUACAUGAUUGGUUAUUAUUAUGAAGUACAAAAGAAGGAUGCUCUAUAGCUCUGCUGGACAGAGAAGCUCCGACAGAUGAAACCAUCAGCUGACUAAUCUGAACACAUGUGCGUUCCAUCUCAACGUAAUGUUGAAAUGAGAGACAGUUAUGGAACGCACGUUGCGUUCCAAGAAGCCGAAACCCGGAAGUAUCAUAUAAAAGCGGCAAAACCAGCUGGAAAUUCUUUUAAUAGAAAGGAAACAACACAGAGCCAACUGAGGAAGCCUGUAUAUCAGGCGAAACGCGUUUUGGACACUCUAACCUGCUUUAUCUAUAUCCAAUAUUUAUUGGUAUAGUAUUUUUGUUUACUGUUAAUUUUUGUUAACAUUUUAUAUUGGAAAUAAAGAAAUAUCUAUUUUAAGAAUAAGCAUCAUACUGAGAAUUCCUUGGGGGACACAAAAAGGACCACUAAAGAGGAGUAUCCAGUAACCAACGAUAGAAGGGUCUGGACAACCCCCUAAUGGUCCAAAGGAACAUACCGCUAGAGUCAUAUGAUGGUAUGACUCCAACCUUGUGAGUUCAACGAUUUUAUUUUUACUUCUAUUAUUAUUUGUGCAGACUCUCUACGCUAUUUGCAUUUAUUCUGUUUUACAGAUAUAGGACAUUACACAGCUCCACCUAUUACUUCGUAUGUAUUGCAUUUGUUUUUAUAGUGGUGUAAGGGGUACCACUUUAUAGGUGUUUAAAGAGCUACCACAUUUUUUAUCACUGUGUACUUCUUUGUUUUCAUAUUCAUAUAUAUAUAUACGCAUACACAUACACUCUCACAGACACACACACACAUUCACAGACACACACUCACACAGACACACACAUACACAGACACACUCACACAGGCACACAUUCACAGACACACACUCACACUCACACACAGACACACUCACACACAGACACACUCACACACAGACACACACACACAUUCACAGACACACACAGACACACACACACAGACACACACACACACACAGACACACACACACUCACACACACACUCACACACAGACACACUUCACACUCACACACACACACACACACACUCACACACAGACACACUCCACACACAGACACACACACACACAGACACUCACACACACACACAGACACACUCACACACAGACACACACACUCACACACAGACACACACAGACACACACACACACUCACACAGACACACACACACAUACACACUCACACACAGACACACUCCACACACAGACACACACACACUCACACACAGACACACACACACACUCACACACAGACACACUCACACACAGACAGACACACUCACACACAGACACACUCACACACAGACACACUCACACACAGACACACUCACACACACACAGACACACACACUCACACACAGACACACACACACACACGAACAAAUUAUUACAUUUUAAUAAAAAAAAAUGUCCACCCAGCCUCCUAUCUGGAGUGCUGGCGUGGACUUUUCACUGGGGUCCAGUGGGGCGGGCGGCUCUCUGCAUCUCAGCCGCGGCGAGGGAGCUGUCUGGUGUCUGCUCCCUCUCGCCGCGCGGGCUGUCUGCUGUAGCUGGGAGCCGGAAUAUGACGUCAUAUUCCGGCUCCCGGCAUCAGCGCGCGGCGAGAGGGAGCAGACAGCAGACUGCAGACAGCAGACAGCUCCCUCGCCACGGCUGAGAUGCAGAGAGGGGGGGAAUCCAUCACCUCUUGCCCCCCCCAUGACAGGGGCAAGAGGUGAGACGGGGACGCUGAGUGGCUGCAGGAACUCAAACCAUAGGCGUGCCACGGGGAUUAGGGUGUGCCCAGGCACCCGACACACCCCGUGUGCACGCCUAUGUACAUUUCUAAUCUACUGUAGUGUUUAUUUAUUUCCUUUGUUUACUUUGUCAUUCUGUCUUUUCUCUGUAAUUUGUGACACUCCCCAUCAUAAAUCAUCUAUCACUUUCUCCUGCUGCACACUGACUUGAAUGCAAAAUUCACUACACAAUUAAUGCUACACAUCCUUUAAACCCUGCAGUGAGGUAUAUGAAAUGUUUACCUAUCCUGAUAAAAACAGCAUAAUGGUUAGAAUUGACCAAUGUUUCAACCAUUUUCUGUCCAGGGAAAGGCACAUGGAGAUUUGUAGAAAAUCAUUGCAUUUUAUUGCACGUUUAACAGUGUCCUUUCAAGACGUGUACAAGGCAGACGAGAAGGCAAAACUCACACAUACACAAUACAGGCAAGCAAUUAAAAGAACACUAUAGGGUCAGGAACACAAAUAUGUAUUCCUGACUGUAUAGUGUUAAAACCACCAUCUAGCCCCCGUUGAUCCCUCUUGCAUUCCUAAAUAUAGUAAAAUCUUACUUGUAUUCAAGUCUGCAGUUGCUAUCUCUUCCCCUGUCUGCCUGCUUGGCUGACAUCAUCAGGAGUGAUUCUCUGAGCUAAUCACAAUGCUUUCCCAUAGGAUUGGCUGAGCUUGUCAAGAAGGCAGAUCAGGGGCAGAGCCAGCACAAGUCAAACACAGCCCUGGCUGAUCUGCAUCUUCUCAUAGAGAUGCAUUGAACCAAUGCAUCUCUAUGAGAAAGAUUUGGUGUCUCCAUGCAGAGGGUGGAGACACUAAAUGUCAGUCACAUUGUGCAGCACUGCUCCAGGAAGCACCUCUAGUAGCCAUCUGAGGAGUGGCCAGUGGAGGUAUCCCUAGGCUGUAAUGUAAACACUGCCUUUUCUCUGAAAAUACAGUGUUUACUGCAAAAAGCCUAAAGGGACUGACUAUACUCACCAGAACAAAUACAAUAAGCUGUAGUUGUUCUGGUGACUAUAGUGUUCCAUUCCUUUAAACUCAUAUAACAUACACAAGAGCCUAAGACACACCCAUCUAUAUACACACUACAGGAAAACAGUCUGACACACAUACAAACAGUCUGAAGGCAAGGUGUUAAAAUUAUACAAACAGAAACACACAUAUACCCUGUAGACAAGGGGUUAAAGCAGACCCACAGUGGAGGUUAGGGGUUAAAAAAAUAUACACCAAUUGCAGGCAUUCUCUACUAAUAAUAAUAAUAAUCUCUGCCCUUUGCUGCGUUGUCUCUGGACCUACUUCCAAUGUGUCAGCUUGGGUUCAGAAAGGGUUAAAUACAUUCUCAUGUGAAGACAGAAGGUUUCACUCACUCUGUCUGGUUUUCUAAGAUUUUAUCAGUCUGCCCAGUAAUGCAAUACAGAUAGGGCUUUUCAAAGAAAUGUGAGCUGCUGUGAAGUCGAUACAAAGUCAAUGUCAAGUUUUAGGCCACAUGUACGUUCUGGUGUAGGAAAGUGAGGGAACAUUAGGGGACAUUCUGUACCUAUAUAAAUCCCAUUAUCCCUUGUGGCACUCAGUUGUGGGUUAUGAGCCUAAGAGUGUGUGAUUUACUGAGUUUGUAUUUCCAGUUUUGAAUUUGUUUUUACUUAUCCUGACUACUCUGAUAUCUAUUAUCCCGACCUUGGUUCUGAUUCCUUGCAGUGCUGUCUCUCUGUACUGACCUUGACUAGUCUUCCUGCAUUAUUGCUUUUCAGGUAUUCAGACUGAGUACCAGUAACUGUCCUAUUUUCUUUUUUGUCUCAAGUUUGCGUGUUAGAGAAUUUGGCCCUGACACAUACCUAGAGAAUCAGACUCCUGUGAUGGAAUAGGUCAUUGGCACCCCCCGAAUAAUUUUUUUUUUUUAAACUCCAUGUGGCGGACCGUCUGGUACCCCGACUGGAUACCUCUGCCAAUCACGCUUCCUAGUAUCACAGAGUACUAUAAGCACUGCACCAGACACUACAACCACCAUAGCCCCCCUUAGCCGCCACAGCUUGGCUGGGGUCUCGCCAUCCCUUCCCACCCUGGACCAACACCUGGAUCCAGCUCCCAGUGAGAAGACCUCUCCUCCAAGAGAGUAUAAUAAUCCAAAGCCCAGUAUAGCAAUUCCCCCCAAACAUGAGCCAAGGCUUAAUUCUGGGAAGUAGUCUGUUUAAUGGAAGCACAGUCACAUAAUUUAUACAUGUCACAAACUCCUCUUCUGUGCCUGGGAGAUAAUUGGGUCAGGAUCCGCAUUAAACUCAAUUAUCUCCAGGCACAGAACAAUUUACACUUUUACAACACCCCAAAAGUACCACCAAAACACAUAAAAACCGCACAAAAGUUACAUCCCCUGAUAGGCCCGAUUUGGGUGACCAACAUAUCCAAAAAUCACCCAGAUCGGUUCAGGGGUUCGGGAUUUGAAUGAAAGUCCUAAUUUGACUGACUGUGCACAUGGUCCUAUGCCCAAAACAGGUCCAUGAUUCAGUGCUAAUGGUCGGUCAAGGCGAUGGUGGAAGUCCAGCGCUGUUCGGGAGUUUCUGUGUCCGAUUUGAGUUCCAUGAACUCGACAACUAAACAGCGCAGCCUGCGUUUAUGCGAACAAGAUGGCCGCUACCUCAUGGUCGUUCAUACGAAUUACAGCCACCCAGACGAACAUUUAGAACACUGCGGUUAGAAUUGUUAAGAGGUGAUGAUAGGGCUUAACAAGCUCCCGGGUGGUCCAUGGUUCGUGCGCCUGUUCGGUUCCCAAACAGCAUAGGAAAAUGUUGCGAACUAAGUCUUUUAAUAGGCUUUUUGCAGGGCCCAUAGACUUUGGGCAGGAGGCUAGCCAGCAGGCCCUUCCAGGAACACAUGGCAGAGACAUUUCCGUCACACUCCAUCUCUUGUGUCACUCUUUACCCUCACCCCCCUAUUUCUGCUUCCUUACUGCCCUCAAACUCUUUUGUGUCUCUCCUUACCCCUUCACCCCAUUUUGUGUCUCCCCUUACUCCCACCUUCUUGUGUAUUUCCUCUUAUGUCUCUCAUCCACUUACCCAGUCUGAAUGUGUAUUGUGAAGAACAGGACCAUGGCAGAGAAUUUUCAUGUUUCUCUGCCCAGUCCAUCAGGGCCAACCCUGGCUCACAGAAUGUGUGGUGAAUGGGGAGAGAGCACAGAAUAUGAUGUUCCGUCACCACCCCCUCUCCUGACUCAGGCAGCUUCUUGGAGCCUGACGCAGCCCUAACAGGCUGAGCAGAGGAACAUGAAGAUAUAAUAGCACUUCCUGCUCUCCACUAGGAAGUAAGGCUUCCCCAUUCUGCCCCGUACCCACGUCUUCCUGUCACCGAGGCUGAACUGCCCUUUUUUUGUAUUUUACUGUACUGGAUAAAUCAGUAGCUGCAGGUCCCAUUGUAACUGCUUUAAUAAAAUAUUGACACUAUGAAUAACAUCUGCCAGGCCCGUCAGAUUCAGACAAAAAUAAACUGAGAAAUAAAAUUAAAAUUAGUGUACUUAUUAUUUUAUUUUUAUUUGUAUAUAUUCAGUCCUACAGAACUCCACUAUUUAUUGGACAGAUGCAAUGUAUACAUCACUUAUGUCUGGUUGUUGGAUGGCUAGGUGAUCUCAGGAGCGUACCAUGUUUCGGUGUAUCCUUCAGGCCAGCCACAACCUUGUUAUCCAAUGGUAUCUGAAAAUGGAAUUGUCUCCCUGUGCUUCUUUAUAAAUUGAUGUGCUUUUCUCCUUAAUAUGUUAUAUUUUUAUAACAGAAUAACCAGAUUGAAGAGAUUCCCCCUGAAGACCUCAUAAGGCUUUACAAGGUGGAAACACUUAACUUACAGAACAACCGUCUUACAUCAAGAGGUGAAUCUCUCACAAUUUAUAUAUCUGAAAGUAGUGGAGGGGCAAUGGGCUUUAUUUGGUUUAGUGACCUCUCCGUAGAGAAGUACAAUCUUUACAUAUCCACAGUCUCUACGCAGGUCUUAGAAUGCUAUAUGUAUCAUUAGGGACAAACCGAAUAGCGUAGAAUGUUAAAAGUUGAAAGUCAAAAACACACAAAAAAAUAAACAAAUAUAAACACCAUAAUUUUAGAACAAUAAAACAAGAAUAUAUUUUUGCUAUGUUAUGAUGGUUUCACAAAAAAAGACGGGCCCAUAUCUAUUAAAUAUCUUAUAAUGGCCUCAAUUUAAAGGAUCACUAUAGGGUCAGGAACACAAACAUGUAUUCCUGACCCUAUAGUGUUAAAACCACCAUCUAGCCCCCCUGGGCCCCUCAUGCCUCCAUAAAUAUAGCAAAAUCUUACUGUAUUCAAGCCUGAAGCUGUAACUCUGCAUGCUGUUAGACUCAGAAAAACAAGCAGUCUGCUGACAUGUGGUAGCCCCAUCCAAUCACAAUGCAUCCCCAUAGGAUUGGCUGAGACUGAAAAAGAGGCAGAUCAGGGGCAGAGCACAUGAUUCAAACACAGCCCUGGCCAAUCAGCAUCUCCUCAUAGAGAUGAAUUGAAUCAAUGAAUCUCUAUGAGGAAAGUUUAGUGUCUGCAUGCAGAGGGAGGAGAUAGUGAAUCACAGGAUGCUGUGCACAAUGCUGCCCUGUGCUCUGCUGACAGCAGAUCUGAGUGGAUGCCUCCAUCAACUCCGAAGUCCCUCUGGUUCACUCUUAGUGACUGCAACUGGAGGUGUUCCUAGUGUUCAACUUAAACACUGUAUUUUUUUUAGAAAAUACAGUGUUUACAUGAGAAAGGCUGCAGGGAGCUAUAGUUCUCAUCUGAACAACCUCAUUAAGCUGAAGUUGUUCAGGUGACUAUAGUGUCCAUUUAAAUGUUUUGGAUAUGCUUUUCAAAUGGUUUAAUAGUUUUGGAUAUGCUUUUAAAAUGACUUAAUAUUUUAAAAAAUAUUUAUAGUUAUAUAAAUAUAGUAUAACUAUAGUAAAAAUAAUAUAUAUUAUAUAUACUAACACAUUUUUAUAUGUUAUUUUAAAAUAUAUAUUUUAAAGGUUUAUGCAAAAAUAUUAAAUCACGUGAAAAGCGUAUUUCAAAAUAUUAAAUCAAGGCCAAUUCCAUAAAUAUUUUUACACUGAAUUAUUCUUUUGUAUACAUUUUGCAUCUUAUAUUUGUGCCCUUAUCUGCUCAAAAGAGUCUACAAAAAGCAGACAAUGUGGGAUUUAAUCUAGUAAAUUUUGUGAUUUAUAAUUUGAAUAUUGAUAUUUUCUUGUUAUAUUAGAAUAAAAACCUGUUUAGUCAAAUGAUUGUGCUUUAGAUGUGUCAAUUUAUUCAACAACACAAUGUAAACACAGAUCAAAUUUGUGGCAAUAUUCUAUGGAAAUAAGUGAUUUUUUUUUAAAAAUACUCCGCAGUAGAUUUAAUCAAAGAUUAUAAAGGAUGUCGUGACAGGAGGAAGUAGGUGUCUCACAGCGAGUAUGGACCAUUUAUGAGGAAGCCAGGAAAUUGUUGAAAUACAGUCAGUUGUAACAAUGUAACAGCAUUGGAUCUGGGAUUCUUCCAUUUUUUUUAUGAAACUGAAAUGUAUCCAAUUCAGUGACUUAAAGUAUAGACAAAGUUAAGAGGAUUAGUCAGCCAUGAAGUCCACUCUGGCAGUGGUACUGACUAUGGCAGGUGGUUUUUAUCUUGGUUCACCCCAGCUGCAUCCUGUUGCCUUCCCAGAAGUGUGGCUUGCUAGGAAUUCUGGGAAAUAUAGUCAAACAACAACAAGACAGCCAAGAUUGGACUUCCUACACUGUGGAAUGAGGUGGAGUUGGCUUAUUAAGUAGAACAGACUUACAGUGAUUAAAAGGGCGGUAAAAUGGAUAUGUACUAAUCUGUGAUAAUCCUGAAAGUGACUAUGGAAUUACAAAUUUCAAGACAAAAUAGUCAAGCUAAAAUAUGCUUAUGUGACCUGUUCAUGGAGCUACGAAAACCCCCAGCAACAAGGUAGCAUUUUAGAUGUAGGGAGUGCCUGUUUUGCUCAAUUCCUAAACUGUUGUUAAUUUUGCUAAAUUUUGGGGUAUUCAUUAGAGGGUCAAUCCAAGCACCAUUCCCAAUUCAGUGUUUUGAAGUGGUCAUGGUGCCUGGAGUCUGUAUGUGCAGCAUUUCACUUUGACACAUACAGAGAUUCUCCUUAGCUGCUGGGGGUCUUACUUUGCCUUUGGCAACAUCACAGGGGUAUCAGCCAUCCCAAAACAGUGUUUGUGAUUGCUUAUACUUAGCGUACGAUAUAAGGCUGUUUUUGGCAAACUGAUAAUUGCCAAAAAUGGUGUUAAAAUCAUAGGGAAGUUGUGAUUUUGAGCAUGUGACUUACUUAACAGGUCCUCGGAAAGCGUGUUAACAUGUAGAUAAUUUUCAAAUGAUCGACUGUGACCAAGGCGCAUAUCUGUAGUGAAAAGCACAUGAUAAUAAAGAGAGAUGCUGAUGGAAUUAGUUUUGGCAGGAUUAGUUAUUGGAAAGCUCUGUGACAUGGACGUUAAGAAAUAAAAAGUAAUGCAUGUAUAAAAACUGUAAGCUGCUUCGACCCAAGUGGGUCAAUUUCCCUUCUGAUGUACUUAGCUGGUUUGACUAUUCUGUGAUAGUCUGUGUGUCAAAAUAUUUUAGAACACUUGGUUACUGAUAUAUUGUAUCAACCUAACUACUGGGCUGAAAUUCUUUAAUCAGCCCGUGGUUAGAUAAAGACAGCGCAUCUGCAGUUUAAGUACAGAGUUUGUCGCCUUCACUGUGUAAAUGGCCUUGCUACAUUGCAGUGAUGUGGGCUGCAGGAUGUCAUUGAUACUAUGUCUGUGCACUGAUAAUAUUUCUCUGUCUUUCUAGGCCUUCGUGAUGACCUGUUCGAGCAGCUAGAGAGCCUAAGUUACCUUUAUUUGGCAAAUAAUAAGGUAGGACUAAUAAGUAUCUUCUAUACUAUUGUUCUCUUCAGCCUUUGGUAAUUUCUGGACCUGUCCUUUGAAUAUCUCAAUAUCUCCUAUAUGCAAGUAUAUAUUUAUAGACUGUAGGAGACAGAGCUGUUUAGGAGCCCCUUUGAGUUUUGUUAGGAGCCAAGAAAUAUGCACACCCAUCCAUUAAACAUUCUAUAAAUUUAAUUAAUUAGAUAAGAACACUCCAAACACCACAACCACAUCGGCUUAUCGUUUUAAUUACAGUUGAUUGUUUAAUUACAUGUUAUGGUAAUGUCACCCCUUAUUGUAUGGUACGAGGAUGCUCUCCCUAAAAGCUUACCUUUUAACCCCUCUAAAUUUCUCUAUUUUCUUCUUAAACUGUGGUCCCCAAACUCAGACCACCUACCCUUUGACUUGAAAAAUGAAAAUCUAGAUUCUACGUUGCAACAAGUUGUGUUUGAGCUGCUUUCUUACAAAGACCUAGUAUUACAUUAACGUAGUGUACCCUACCCAGCAUGCAGGGCUUGCAUCCUAAGGGAUUCUCCAAGAGAAGGUAAUACAGGAGAGUCCGUACUAACGCCCCUUAGAGUGACAGCUUAAUGGAAGGCCUACAGGAAGACAAAAUGCUGGUAACUGCAAGCAGUAAAAUAGUCAAAUGAACCAGCUGAGGUCAAUGAGUGUAGAAGUCAAGUAAUUGAGAAGUCAAUGAGAAAACCAGACAAGGUCAAAAUUGCACAGCAAACAACACAAUUCAAUAUGCUAUUGGGCAAUGCAAGCAAAGGGAUGUUUAUAUAACAUGCAGAAACUAGCUAUUGGUCUGCAUCAUUCCUCCAUGCUCAAGAGGUUCAUCUAUGACUGUACUGUGUACACUCUACUCAUGGACAAUAUAAUCGCGAUGCAAAGCUUUAGAAAUGGAAUACGAAAAUCCUCCCUAAAAUGAACGAAUAUCUAUGGGCUGAGCAGACUGGCAGGACGCUAGUAUCUGAAAUUUUAGAAAUUAUUUUGUUUCCUGUGUCUCACAACCCUUCCGAGAGGUUCAAAGAAAUUAGAGUAUGAAGGCAAAUAUACACAUUAAUACAUAGAGUAGGUAAAAUGCAUUUAAAUCAUCAUAAACUAUGCUUAGCCAUAUUUGUAAAUAACUUGCCGGUUUGAUUGGAAAUGCAGAUUUCUUAAAAACAAGCAAAAUAUCAAAGCAGAACAUGUUUUACUUUUGGGGGGCAGAAUGCCCAUAUACAGUAAAUAAAGCUAACUGGUUGAAAUUGGGCAUCUGUAUUUUAAGCUAGUAGAGGUUGUUUUUUAGGAAAGUGUUGUUUCGGAGAUGUGCACACCGUAGCUGAGUGGGGAUUCGAAGAGGACUCAGCACAAUGUGUCGGGACUGAUUGGAGCACUAUUUUAGAGAUUUCUUUACAGCACUGGACAGUAAAAUAAGUUAUGGUUUAUUAAAUAUAUUUUACUUAUUAUUGGAACAAAAUGCAAACAGAAAUCAGGGGGAUGGCAGUUAAAAUGAGACAUAUUUUCUGUUCUUGAACAUGUGAGCCAUGAUGUCCAAAGAAAAUAAAUUAUUAAUAGAAAACACGCUAAAUUGGUUUGCUUGCCAAACCUGGAAAUGUUUUAGAGUGAAAACAUGAUUUGGCGCUUAGCUGAAAAUUUUAUGCGAGCAGAAAAGCUAGGCCCCUUUCAGUGAGAACUGGCAAAACGUCUCAGCUUGGCAACGUUAUUAGUGCUUCAGUGAAAUAUAAUUCUGAUGUGCUUAGUAAAACCUACUCUGGGCAUCGAAUUAUGCUUGGCGACAAGACACAAGCAAUGGGCCAAGAAGGUGUUGGAAGCAACGCUCAUUUACAAAACGCUAUCUGAAUGUGUCGUAAAGUCUGUAUUUCAGUAAUUCUGUUUUUUUUUUUUAAAGGGUUAAUGUCACUUUCCAGGAUUUUUCAUAUUACACUUACUUGUACCCUAUAUUUAACAAAUAUUUAAAUUUAAAAGCAUUUGGCACUGUUUAUAUCUCUAUUCUGGAUUGCAUGCCUCCAUCUUGGCUCCCUGUCAAUCAUUAUUUUAAGAUCCGCCCUCUUUGAACCAGUCAGUCCGCAAAGAGAGAGCAUACAGUGAGGAACAGAAACAAUGUUUCUAUUUCUUCUUCUCAUUUGCAAUUUGUGCCUUGACUGUGCCUGGAUUGAACUGGAUUGUGAUGUCAAUAAGAACAUAGAGCAUACCAUAAAAAGGGUUAAAGGGACACUAUAGUCACCAGAACAACUACAGCUUAUUGAAUUUGUUCUGGUGAGUAGAAUCAUUACCUUCAGGCUUUUUGCUGUAAACACUGUCUUUUCAGAGAAAAUGCAGUGUUUACAUUACAGCCUAGUGAUAACUUCACUGGCCAGUCCUCAGAUAGCUGUUAGAGAUCCUUCCUGGGUCAUGGCUGCCUAAAAUGCAUCCAAACAUUCAGUAUAUCCUCCCUCUGCAUUCAGACACUGAACUUUCCUCAUAGAGAUUCAUUGAUUCAAUUAAUCUCUAUGAGGAGAUGCUGAUUGGCCAGGGCUGUGUUUGAAUCAUGCUGGCUCUGCCCCUGAUCUGCCUCCUUGUCAGUCUAAGCCAAUCCUAUGGAGAAGCAUUGUGAUUAGAUCAGGCUACCACUUCUGAUGAUGUCAGCAGACUGCUUGUUUUUUUUAGGCAAACAGAUGGUGGUUUUACCCUAUAGGGUCAGAAAUACAUGUGUGUGUUCCUGACCCUAUAGUGAUCCUUUAAUUCAAGCUAUAGGUGAUUUUCAAUGUUUUAACCAAUGGUGUAAUUUCCAUAAAAUUCUCACUUUGGUCAUAUCACUCUUGCCUGAGGAAAAAGCCUACUCUAGCAUGGGACGCCCUACUCGUUUUGUGUUAGCCGGGUUCAAUAGAAUUUUUGAUAAUAAUCUGAAGAUUCCAUGCUGAUCCUUAAACCCAAACAAAGAGAGAAGUGUACCCUUGCAUUAGGCAGGCUGGGAAUGAUUGUAAGCACAGAGGAGAAAAAUGUAAAUAAACGGAAAGGGGAAGAGGACUGCUUUAGGAAGCCGAUGUAUGUUGGGUAUUUGUUUGUGAAUUUCAAUGGGAAGCACAGAAUGCAAUAUUGUGAUCAAUUCUGGUGAAAAACUCAUUGCAGGAGUUGAGAAAACAUAGGCUAGAUAGCCAGUGAUGGUCAAGUAGUCCAGAAACAUGGUAAGCAGUUAAUAGGGUCCGGAACAAAGGAUGGGGUCAACAAGUGUUUUUUACGAAGCUUUGUUUGUAUAUAGUUUGCAUGAUGUCCAAAGCCCCCCUUUCAGAAUUUUAAGAAUAGCUUUCUCUGGAUAUGAAUCAAGGCCUUACAAGGCAGCAGGUACAUGGCAUGACAAGCAAGCAUCAGCAAUGACUAGCAUGGCAGGCAAGUAGACCAUCUAUGCCAAGUGACCCUGACCCAUGCUUUGGAUGAUGGCAUGGAUUCUCAUUGUUCUCUAAGAGGACAAAGACAUCUUCCAAAAUUAGUCCAACAAUAGAUUCUCCAUCCGACAUCUUACGCGCAAGUCUAAAGUGACUCAGUUACACGGUGGACUUUCGCUCUCCAAACAAAAGGUGUCCAACAACCAACCAUCCAUUUGUCUUCCAUCUGCACUGAUGUAACACUACUCAAGUGUUUUUGGUGAAAAACAAGGCACAAUUAGACACACUAUGAGACCGCACUCCAAAAAUGGUGUUUAUGAAUGUUCUGUUUUAUGUUACUUACGAAACUCAUCCUUAGGAAAGUUUCUUCGUAGGAAAUUCUAAAGUGUCUUUAAACUGUUUCUAAUUGAUGACACAAUAUAUUUAGUACUACUCUGUUAGCAACCCUACAGAUGGGUUUGGCCACACGCAUAGUGGAUGUCACCACUUUCAUAGCAUCUAGAUCUGCAGACUACUGUCUUCAUACUGUCAGCUUUUCCCACUGAGAACUUUCUGCUGCCUACUUGACCAGCUGCCUGAAUCUGUCCUUAGUGUGGUAAAACUACUGGUCUCCGUUUUAACCGAUUUAGUAAUGGAAAUUCCAUGUAAGCUUUCAGAGAUACUCCUAACUGUCUCUUCCAAGACACACACUUAUCCAAUUACUUAUCCAAUUAUGUCUCUGCAGCAAAUCUAUAUUCACAAUAUUGCCAGACAUACUCCUUACCUAAAAUUUGUGGGAAUUUGACAUAAGAAUUGUAUAUUUUAGUUCAAAAUAUCGAAAUUGGGGGAAAAAAGUUUUGACUCCUUUCCCAGUACAAAUAUUUGACCUAAAAUGGGCCUAUUCCUACAAUUUCUCUUUUAGGGCUUUAUUUACUAAAUUAGGAAUUUAGCAGAAUUGACAAUGGAACUGAAAAUUUGUUGUGCCCGUUGGGGGCUUCCCCUACCUACAUCUUAGCGUCUAUGUGAUAUGGAGCAUUUCUAGUGUUGCAUUAAGGCUGAAUUAACGGCAAACUGUUGUGUCAUGACGACUGCGCCGGUUUCAGCAAACAAGGGUUUAAUGAUAGUAACACAAACAAGUGUGAUAAUAAAAGCACCUAAUAAACAGUGAUAAUAUAUGGCAGCUGGUGAUGCAUAAAGGGUUUAUUGAUGCCUACUUCGCUUGAGUUGUGGAAGCCACCUGUGCAUUUAGAAAUGCCCCUGGUACGAUUCUACAUGGUUAAGUGAUACAGAUUCUGCUCUGCCUGCAUCACCUAUUCAGUGGGGGAUGCACGUGCACCCUUGGACAGUCUCUGCUUAGGAAACCCAGAGCACCCCUGGCUCAGUGCCUGGUUAUUCUCUAGCCUUGUUGCCAGAAGGCCAGCAGCUCCAUCCCUGUUUCCUGGCCUCCUUCCUGCUUCACCGAUCUCCUGAAUUACUGAUCUUUGGCUUCUUUUCUCCUCCUGAUUUCUGGAUUUUGACUGACUCUGGUUUCUUUCUAUCCUUUACACUGCAGUUCCUGGUUUCCUAGAAAUCCUGUUUUUGUUUCCUGUUUAAUAUCGUCCUGUCCUACCACAAACUCCCUUGGACCCGUCCAUACUUACAAUCAUUCAUUGAAAGCAGGGUUUCACUGUGUUGUCAGCCUCCAUUUGGGAUCCAGGCCCAUGAGCCAAGCGACCAGCCCUAACAAAAUUAGUCUAUUUUAUUCUAAAAUGUGUACUUCGCUUGUCAAUGUUCCACCCAUUUAAUGAAUACACUGAGGUAAAUAAAAUGUGGUGCUUAGAAUGUGAAGUUUUCUUUUCCUUUGUUUCAUCUUGCACAAAAUCAUAGUAAUCAAUUACCAAUCUUCGUCAUCGAUACAUAUAUUUAUUUCUAUCCAGCCUGCCCAACAUCGAGAAUUGUAGCUUUAGCCACGCUCCCUUGGCUCGGAGUUGUGUAGAGGCCGCAAUGCUAGUUGUGGGAUGUUUCUGUAACAACUGCAUGAUGCUGUUUCAUGGCUCAACUCUCCCUGAUCUAGAUCCAAAGAUCCAAUCCAGAUAACUCAGCGGCGUACCGAUGUCUGGCUGGGUCCAGCCUGUGUUAUGUUUGGCCUGUGACUAGCACUAGAAUGAAGUGUCUGAUUAACCAGUAUGUGUCACAGAAUUAACACUUACUUUACAGCUUGUAAGUGCAAACAGUUUGCACAUUAGAUUCUUACACUGAAUUAUUUUAUUAUGAACCAAAGUUUGGUUCAAAAGCUAAAGUUUAGCUGACACAAAACAAGACAGGGCAUAAUUAAUUUGCAUCAAACCAUGGGUGAGAUUGGUACAAAAAAACUAUCAUCACUCCCAAGUGUUAAAAACAUUCCUUUAUUCGUCAAUAUAGUGUGAUUAUAAUCCACAAAUAUUUCCUCAGGGAAAAUAAAUUCCACUUCACAGAGAUACAAUUUCAACGCGUUUCGCAUGUUCCAUACUUUUUUAAACCCGAUCAGUCAGUGUAAUGGCCUCAUGUGGGCGAAUGAAGGCAAUUAACAGGUUGGAUGUAAUUGCAGUUUUUUUCUUUAAACCCAAUGAGAAAUCAAGUCAUUAAUCACAAUAUUUACUUUGAAACUUGGGUCCAUUAUUGGUUAAUUUCACGCUGUGAGUGCAUGAUUCCAUAUACUGUCACGUAGCACUUUAUAAAUCUAUUUUAUAAUUGUCCAAAAAUUUAAAUGAAAAGAAAAAUAUGUUUUUGUAUAUACAUGUAGUAGAAUACACAUAUAUAUUUUACUUUAUUUACAUAUACAUGAUAAUUCAAUUAAAUCAAUGUGGAAAGCAAGGAUUUAACAAUGACAUUAUAUUUUUGAAUUUUCAUCUAAACUGGAAGUGGUGUUGUGACAGUUUAGUGAUUAUUAAAAAUGGUGCAGAUGGGUAAGCAUUUUAUUAUUAACCUUGACACUACCAUUUGUUUCAAUGUAUUUAUUUAUUUUUUGUAUUUAUAUUGGCACUAUAGGCACCAAACAACUUUAGCUUUAGCUUGCAGUCUCAUUGCUCAAUUCUCUGCCAUUUAGGAGUUAAAUCACUUGUUUUUGCAGCCCAAGCCACACCUCUGUGCAUGUGACUUACACAGCCAUCCUAAACAUUUCCUGUAAAGGAAGAUCCACUGUUUAAACUUCCUUUAUUGCACAUUCAGUUUAAUUUAUAAUUUAUUGUCUCCUACUCUGUUAAUAGCCUUAUCACCCUGCAGGAGCCUCCUGUGUGUGAUUAAAGUUCAAUUAACAAAACUAAGCCUUGUUCUCAGUCUCUGACAUUUACACUAUAUGGUGCAUGUGGUACAUGUAUUUUCUGUCCUUUUGUAAAAAUACAGUUUUUGACUGCUAAAAAGUGUAAAAAACCCCCACCAAAUGUGCCAUUAGUUUUGUGAUAAAGCUCACACAUUGUGUGUAAAUUCAUUGCUGAUUUUAUUCUUUAGGAUUCCAAUUUUUAACUCAUCCAGAUCUUUUUCAACACAGCCUGGUGAAUUACAGAGGACAGUAAAUCCAAUGAAUGGCCUCUGCAAUUUGGACUCUGACUUGUUCUUGCUGAAAAUUUUACAUACAUUGCCAUCGCUCCACAAGUUACUGUUUAGUUAAUAAACCCCUGCAUUGACUAGGCUUUAAUUAACACAAUAUAUAUUUCUUUGUUAUUUUCAGCUGACCUUGGCUCCCAGGUUCCUUCCGAGCUCGCUAAUCAGUGCAGAUUUCGCAGCCAAUUACAUCACUAAAAUCUACGGAAUGACGUUUGGGCAUAAACCAAACUUACGGUGAGCGCUGGGCAGCAUCAUAUAGAUGUAUACAGGUGUAUACAGGUGUGUAUAGAUGUAUGCAUUUGUAUCUAGGUGUAUCUAACUGUACACACAUGGCACAGGUGUGUAAAAAAUGACCAUAGGACUCAAACUGAUUUUUCAGAAUACUAGGCUGUUAUGCAAAACAUUCAUUGCAGGUUCAAAUGUGUGCACAAGAGGUGUCUGUGUUUUGCUUAGCAUAUUAUGUUUUUGAAGAAAGAAAUCAAGACUUUGUAUAUGCCCUGGUUACACUGGAGCAAAGAAAUAUAUUUUUGAAUUUAUUUAUUUUUAAAUAAAAUUUUACAUUUAAAUUAGUAUCUUUUUAAAGGAAUACUCUGUUUAAAUGUAUCAUUUAUUUAGAAUUACGUCUUGUUUUUUUGAGUCCUUGCAUGUAAAAUUAACACAUAAUGUUAUCGAUAUUCCACCACUGAGACACCCUCUUCAAAACAGCCUGAUUUGCCUACUCUGAUGUCAUUGAGCUUCACAACUAUUGUCCAGUAGAUACUUCUCAAAGAGUUCGGAAUAUUGUACCGUGCAUGCAUGCAGUGUGGGCUUUCUUGAGCGGAAUUGUAGCUCAGCAUGCCAUUUAUUCAGGUCAUGCAGACACACUCACAGCAAGCUGCCUGCAAUGUUCCAAAGCCACGUUCAGCCACGUUCAUGCUAUGCGCAAUGUUGCUGAAUGUAAGGAAAUUUAGAAAUCUAACGAACCAAUGGGAAAGCUUAAGUUAUGCCUGUCUUCUAGAGGUAUGGCAACAGAGCAAUAUAAGCAGUGCUGUAUCUCAGAAACAAUUACACUAUGUUACAUAUUACAUUAUACUGAACUACCUCUCAUAUGUGCAUUUAAAGUUUCUCUCUGAGUACCAUAACAACUUCAUCAGAAUUAGUUGUUAUGGUGCAAGGAGGUCAUGGCAGCUGGCUUCCCUACAUGUGGCUCCAGCUGACGGAGGCCAAUGGACACUCUCUUGUGAGCAGGGAUUUAACUCUGCACACACCAAACGUUCAAGCUUUCUAAAUGGCUGUAAUAGCGCUCGCUUUGAGCGUUGCAUACAGUACAUCUGCUAGUCUGUGGCCACUGAAAAUGGCACCAGCUGACAUAGGGUAGUCCCAGGUAUCAAUUGAUAACUGUGUCUCCUGGUGUGAUAGCAGGGAUUUAAGUCUGCUCACAUCGCAUUUUAGCCAUGGGAAUUUAAACGCCCAUUUAAAGGGCUGUUUGUGGGACUCACUGUGAGCACUGCAUGCAACUCCUCUGUCAAAAUGUUAGGACGUGGCAAUACACCCUUACAGCUUACAGCAUUAAAGCCCAAUAUAGUUAGGAUACGUGACACUAUCUAACAUCGUGAAGUAACUCAAUUAUCUCCGUGGAUAGAGCAUAACCUCCAUUUUAUACAAGAUAAUAAAAAUACAUAAAAAUCUAUAACUCACAAACUACCAAAUUACAACCCCACAAUCUGUAUACCCAGAUAGCCCGGAUCUGAGCGCAUAAUAUUACCGAAUAGCGCUCAGAUCACAUACAUCCAGUUCAAUCACCAUAGGACCAAAGUCUUUCACAUAGAUUAUUCGUUAUACGAAUAGGCUCCAUGGGAUAGCUAUCUUGGUGGUUCUGUUCGUAUAGAAAUGUACCGAACGGUACGGCGUUCGUAUGAACGGGAAACAGAUGAAGGGAGGUCGGCAGCUUCAGUGGUGUUCGCAUUAAAAUAGUGUCUGUUUUUAGUUCCAUGAAAUCGUCAACGAACACUGCUGGGUGUUCGUAUGUCCCAGAUGACUGCCGCCUCGUGUUUGUUCAUACGAACGACGACCGCCCAGCCGACCAUUCGACAAUGUGAAGUGUCUACGGUUAGCCACAACGUUCUAAUGAGGCCAAGAAGUUAAUAAGCAGCACACUUCCCUAUUGGGUGGCCGGCCGUUCGGCAGUUCUUUCGGCAAAAAGAGGAAUAAAGCAUAGGAACCGUACGGACAGGGCAAUACACAAACAAACAGACGAACCAGCAUAAAAUAAAAGUAAUUCAAAGACAUAGAGGUCUGUCACACUAUUAAACUAUGCUUACUGUGUGUUACAGUUAUGUAAACAUGAUUGGUUUCUUUAAAAAGAUCUGUGUAUCUACACAACAACAAGCUGACCGACGCAGGGCUACCAGACGACAUGUUUAACUCCUCCCGCAACGUUGAGGUUCUUAUCAUGUCCAGCAACUUUUUGAAGUAUGUUCCAAGGAACCUGCCGCCUGCGUUGAACAAGCUGCACCUAAAGGUACAUAGGCAACUGUACUCCUCGUCUGAGCGUUGUAUGACCAGCACCCAAUGGGCAAUAAACUAGGUCCGUUAAUUUGGGCAAAAAUGUAUUUACAAAUUACUUUGUUUGGGGUUUUACUAAUUAGGGAAUAGGCAGAAAUGUGCACAUUUUUAAUAACCAGGCGAGGAAAAUUGCUGAGUUGGAGACAUUUUCCCGAAUAACAUUUAUCUACUAUUUACACUUCCGUCAAUACUCACUUAAAUUCCCAGGUUUAGUGAAUAUUCCUAAAUGUACGCCAUAUUGCACAGGGUGCUAUAAUAGAGUAUCUUUAUUAAUUAAUGAAAAUAUUAGUAUCUAGAUUUAUUCAGACCAGACACAGAGAGCAACACAAACCUUAUUUAAUAAACAUUAGGGCAAUUCAAUCAAAAUCUAAGAAAAAUCUAAGAGUUGUGAUUCAGAUUUGAGACUCCUAUAUAUGUGCUAUGAAUUCUGGAUAAGAGAGCAAUGUGGGUUUUGGAAUCCUAAAGGUACAAUGUGUGCUGUGUUAUGCAAGAGACAUUUUCUAUUGAAUGACGGCAACAAAUAUUCUUUAAAAACUAAAACACAAUGAAAAUUUAGAAUACGCUCAUAAUAUCUACCAUUUUGGGUUCUCAAAAUUAGUUCAGUUUCAAAUUAAAUAGGCACUCAAACAUCUGGUCAAUGUAAAUGUAUGUUAAAGUGUUUCUCCAACUCUUUUUCUGCGGAAAAAAAUACAAUAAUUACUUUUUUAAAUUAUAUUAUCGAUCCCCUUUCCACCCCCAAAAUAAACGUUCAAAUAGCGUUUUAAGUUAAUUUUAACUUACCUUAAACCAGCCUGGACAAAGCUUUGAAGGGGGAACUUUAUGUCUGUUGUCAGCAUGCAGUGCGCACUGCCGACAGACUUUUGUAUGCACAGAAUUGACAUUACGCAGCCCAGAACAGAGUUUUGGGCAACUUAAGUCACGUGUGCUCGGGGUGCAACUAGCCCCCAAAACACAAUUAUAAAUAUCUCUGGAUGUGCAGUGUUUCAAGCUGAAACAUCAUAAUAUAGGUAGAAAAAAGACCCAAGUCGAAGUCAAGUCAAAUAGUCUCAAGACCCUAGUUAUUUUUAUAUUCUCUCUGUAUGAUUAUUUGGGAAGCGCUCUUAUAUCCCAUGCUAUCGUACAAUGCUAUGGAAUACUAAUAGAAUAUUUGCCUUCUUUCUAUCCAGAACAACAAGCUUGAAAAGAUCCCAUUGGGGGCGUUCAGCACUCUAUCAGAUUUAAGGGAGCUCUAUCUGCAGAACAACCUUCUAACCAACGAAGGCAUGAACAAUGAGACAUUCGGGUGAGAAGACAUCGGGCUAGAAUAGGCCAUGCUCAAGAAUUGUGCAUGCAGUUGUUGAUGUCAAUUUGUCCAUAGGUCCAAGGUCUGAAUACUGUGAGCUAAUGGACUGACUUGGCAGGUUGAUUUAGGAGGAAAGAUGGCCCCAAAUAGCCAUCGUGAGGAGGCUAGUGGAGUUCUAAGAGGUUAUAGACUUGAUUGCAAGUGGUGUUCUAAGCCCAACCCAGUCCUCAAGUACCCUCUACCAGUCCAGGAUUUAGGGAUUACCCUGUUGUGUCUAAAGUGUUUUGUUUUGAUUUUUUCUAAAAACACCUUAGACACAACUGGGUAAUCCCUAAAUCCUGGACUGGUAGGGGGUACUUGAGGACUUGAUUGAGAACCACUGUUCUAAGAGGUUAUAGACUUGAUUGAAUACGCUUUCCAAAUAAUUCAAUCCCAUUAGAACAUUUUUCAAAAUGAUUUCUCUACAAAAAUAACCACAGACUUAAUCGAUGGCUUCUGUAAAUAAAUCAUUUGAUAUGUUUUUCUUGCAGUAUUGAAACAUUUGGGAAGCUUAAUAAAUUACGGACUAUGAGGAACCAGGUAGGAAGGUCCCAGGUAGAUUAACUAAGUCUCAGUAAUGUAGGAUCUCAAGAGCAAACAUUCUAGGGUUGUAAACCCCAAAUGAUCCCCAGUAUAUGCCUUGCCGGAAUUGUGGUGUGAUGACAAAGAUAUAUUAUGCACCAAUCAGGUAGCUCAAUGGAUAGGGUUCCAGUUACAGUAUAUUGACUUUCUGAGGUCAAUAAAAAAAGUGACAUUAAAUUGGGUAAUGACAUCUAAACCCCAGGACAUACUGUAAAAACGUAAAAAGACCCUUCUUGGUUUACUUAUUAUAAGCCCUAAACUAUUUUGGUAACAGAUGUAAUAUAAUGUAUUAUAUAGAUAGAUGUAUAUAUAAUAGGUGUGAUAAGGUAUUGAUAUUAGAGGCAUUGAGUCCUAAUCAUAUUUCCAGUGAAAUAUGUCAGUUGGAGUCUACAGAUGACAUAACCACUUACAAAUAUAUAAUAUUUUUUUUUUAUAUAAAGUUCACAUCCGUUAAAUUUCUAUUAUGAUCUAUUCAGUACUAUAAAAAAAAUUAGAUUGUUAACUGCUUUUUUUUCAUGAAAAAAAAUGUGUAUGAAGAUCUUGUAUUACUAUUUCUUUCGUUUUCUGAUCCCUAAGUUACAAAAAAACAAACUUAAUUUAUUGAUUCUUAUUUUGCGUUGGUACCAAUCAAUUUUUGAAAUCAUAAAAUUUUGUCUCUAAAUUGGAAAUUAUCCAAAAGUGACAAGAAAAUGGAAAGUUUAAAUUUUGUUGUUCGCUGCCAAUUAUCCCCGGGUCCCAGUUUUGUAAAUAACCCCCACUGUGCCCCUCCAUGUAUCACUGAUACUUCUCCUGAUACUUUAUAUCUCUCUGGUUCCAGAAAACUGAACAGGUUGGAAUACCUAGACCUAUCAAGCAAUAACCUUACACAUAUCCCAGGAGGCUUACCACGGAAUAUUGUCAUACUCCAUCUAGAAAAGAAUAAUAUCCGGUCCAUCUCCAAGGAUGUCCUGACCCAGAUAAGGAACUUGGAGUAUCUUCUCCUUCACAAUAAUAAACUGAGGGCCAAAGGCAUUCAUGCAGAUGCCUUCUUGGGCUUAAAGAAGCUGCACACUGUGCAUAUGUAUAAUAACUUGUUGGAGAAGGUGCCAGCUGGCCUGCCCCGCCGGGUAAAGACACUAAUGCUUCUCCACAACCAGAUAUCCAGUAUUUCUAAGAGUGAUUUUGCCACCACCUACUUCCUAGAGGACCUCAAUCUCAGCUACAACAAGAUAAUGAGCAGUACAGUCCACAGAGAUGCCUUCAAAAAACUACGACAACUCAAGACUCUGGAAAUGUCGGGAAACAGCCUAAAGUCAGUGCCCUAUGGGCUCCCGAAAAACUUGGAGAUUCUGAAGCUGAAAGAGAAUGAUAUCAGCUCAAUCCCCCAAGACACACUGUCCGGGUUGUCGAAGUUAAAGGAGCUUUAUCUGAGCAACAAUAAAUUGAAGAUCAAUUCUGUUUAUACAGGAGCUUGGGCAGAACUCAGCAGUCUCCAGGUUAGUUCCUUCUCUAAUUAUGUUGAUCCCAUUAUUGUAGAGACAUAUAUUACGCCAUUGUUUUACCAAUUGAUAAAGUUAAUAUUUUUAGCUACGCAUUUAAAUGUAUACUCUACGCACUAUAACAACGUUAGCUUAGUGUACUGAAAUUGGGGUUUAGAUCAUGACCCUGCAGAUUCACUGCUCAAUUGUUUGCCUUUUAGAAGUUAAAUCACUUUGUUUAUGAGGUCCUAGCCACACCUCCCCUGGCUGUGACUCACACUUCCUGUAAAAAGAGAUCCAAUGUUUAAACUUUCUUUAUUGCACAUUCUGUUUAAUUUAGAAUUUAAUAUCUCCUGCUCUGUUAGUAGCAUGCUAGAACUUGCAGGAGCCUGCUGUGUGAGAUUAAAGUUCAAUAAACAGAGCAGUAGAUAAGACGUCUAGAGUAAACACACUGUGCAUUGAGCAGUGAUCUAUACAGAAAAACUGCUUUAUAAAGCUAAUGUUGUUUUGGUGACUAUAGUGUCAAUGUAACUCCUAAAUGGCAGAGAAUUGAGCAGGUAGACUGCAGGGGUAUAAUCUAUAUACAAAAUUGCUUUAUUAAGCUAAAGUUGUUUUGUUCCUUAUCGUGUCCCUUUAAGGUUUUAGUACUUUUUUCUGAAAAAUAUUUUUAAACAUUCUGUUUUUCAUAGAUAAUAAUAUAUGAAGUUAGUAAUAUAAAAUGAUGGGCAAUGCAUUGUUAUACACAUCAUUCUUAUAAUGUGCACAUUGAUUAGGGUUACCUAAUUUGUAGCAUAACUUACUAGAUCUGGCCACUUUAAGAUUGUAACAGUCUCUCUGACACUUUCCAUUUGCUGUCUUUCAGAUGCUCGACCUAGCAGGGAAUCAGCUCUCAUAUGUUCCCCCUGAUUUGCCUGAAAGUCUAGAGUACCUGUACCUUCAGAACAACAGGAUUGUAAUGGUGACUGAUAAUGCCUUCGAGUCCACCCCAAAUAUAAAGAGGAUCUUUCUCAGGUAGAGGGUACAAAGCGGAGAGAACGCAGAACCCAGAGGAUUGAUUCAAUUCCAUAGAAAGCCUGUUUUGUUUUUCUUUACAAUCUCCCCUCCCACCUUCCCCUCUGUGCCAAAUUAAGGGUUAAAAGGUCAGCAAUCUGGGGGACCCUAAUAUGCAUGCGCAGUGAGCACAUCUGGCCUUCCCCACAGGAAAGUAUUGAUCCAAUGCUUUCCUAAGAGGGAUUUAAUUACACUGGUGUCUGUUAAACUCUAGGAAGAUCCACUAGUGGCUGUCUGGUAGAAAGCCACUAGAGGCAUUCUUAACCCUUUUAUGUACAUUGCUGUUUUUUUUAAACUGUAAUGUUUUACAUUGUAGAGUUAAGGGAACAGUGUCACUGCACCCACACCACUUCAAUGAGAUGAAGUGUUUUAGGUAUAGUGUCCCCUUAAAAUAUUGCGUAUAGUGUCCCCUUAAAAUAUUUUUCAUAUUAUUAAAUCAUUUUAAACGUUUAACCAAAAAUAUUAAAUAAUUUUAAAAGCUUAUCCAAUAAUUUUAAAUCGAGGCCAGAUUUAGUAUGUUAAAAAGAACACGAUAUUCAGUUAUUAAAAGUAUAAAAAAAGAAAAGAAAAACAGGACAGGGAGUAGAGCAACAAAAAAGUACCAAUAAUAACCCUAAAUAAAUAAGAUUGUGAUAUCAGGAAUUCUUCAAUAUCCUAAAACUACUUGUCACCUAGCAGGGCUAUUCAUUAAGCCGUGAAUUUGUGGAGAGUUGCAAGCAAAUUGUACCUUAGACAUGUGCAUUCGUUUUAGGACAAAUACGAUUUUCUGACUUUUUCGUAUUUGUUUACUAUAACAUAAACGAAGGUCCUACAUAUGAAUUAUAUACAAAAUGAAAGGGCAAAUGCCGAAUGCAUUACCGGUUCAGUUAGUUUAACCGGCUCGCGGCUCCCUCCUUGUAAAAUAUGUGAAAAUAGAAGGGGCAGGGAGCAGUGCUCCCCGCCACUUCCUUACUCCCCCCAUGCCCCGUAUCAUUCUAUGAGGGUUAAUAUGACCCCCAUAUUAGCAUAAGGGAGAUUAAAAUCUCACCCUACCUCCCUCCCUCACCCUAAUAAUAGUGAAGGAGGGGCAAUAAACUAAAACCCUGUAAAAUAAAAUGUCACUUACCAUUAGAUGUCUUCUUUUUUCUUUUCUUUUCUUUCUUCAGCCCCAAUAAAGGCCAAAUAAAAAUCAAUAAUUGUCCUGUCGCAACGGUUAAAAUAAAAUAAGAAAACGGAGCGCAAAAAAAACCACAGCAAAAAAAAAUCCAUGUUCACCCACAGUGGGCUCCGCGCAGAAUGAGCUCUGCAGGGCGAGGGAAGCCUUAUGUAAUUUGACUCAGAGGUAAAUGAAAAGACUGACAGGUAAGUCUCUACAUUUACUUGUCACAGCACUCUGAUUGGUCUGCUUGGAAUACAACCAAUCAGAGUGCUCUGAGUCAUUUUAAACAGCGUGGGAGAAUUCCAAAGGCCGGGUGGACAAUAGGUCCCCCCCCUUAUUGUCAUUUAGGGCCCACACCCGCCGCUCAUGGGUGGGGGCCAUGUGGAGGAGGACAAGAGGUGCCCAUCCAUUGACUGUUAGGGUCCCCACUCGCCAUUCAUUAGGUGUCCCUCCCCCUUUAUUUAAUUAUUUAAGGUCCCCAACCGCUGGUCAUGGGUGGGGACCUCAGAGGGACUUUAGGUCCCCCCAUUAUUUAUCCCCCCCAUUAUUUAUGAUUUAACCUCCCUUUUAUUAAUAUGGGGGUCAUAGGGAAUUGUUAAUAUUAUUACAAGUAGGGAGCAGGUAUCACUGCUGGCUCCUUCCUUGCUUUUUUUUUUUGCACAUGCGCAGUGUUAUUUUCAUCCUAAUGGACGAAAACAAAUGAUUUUUACCGAAUUUCGUCUGAAAACUAAUGUUUUACGGACGAAAUUUGGAAUGGACGAAUGACAUUUUUAUUAAGUACGAAUUCAUUUGUACGAAACAAAUAUUUAACUGGUGCACAUGUCUAUUGGACAUAUUAGGCCAAAAUAACUUAUUUGCAAAUAUUUCUGGAAUCACCAAAUUUCCUUCUCCGCUGAGCCUCAAAUUAACUCUUGUUUCGGGCUAGCUAAUGACGCUGCUUGCCAAAUAUUUGUACAUGUGCAACAUACAGGCUCCUUGCACCAAGACCACUUCAAAAUAUUAAUGUGAUCGUGGUGCUUGGAGCACUCCUUUAAUUCAUUUCUGCAGGAGAUGGGGACCUACCUUUUGAUCACUAUUGAUUUGAGAUCUAACUAGAGAGUUGCAGCAAAGUGACCCUUGAAUAUUAUGCCAAAAUAACCGAUUUGGAGAGAAAAAGAGACAAAGUGUUCAGUGAAGAAACCUGUUAGCGAUGCAGUUUUUAGGAAAAUGUCCUUUAUGAUCAAUGUGUCUGUUUCUCUGGCAGGUUCAACCUUCUCACCCCUGAAACUGUGAAGGAGAGGGCCUUUUAUGGACUAGAAAAACUGCAGGUACUGGACAUUGAGAGCAGCCUGGCCCUGCCCAAAGUCUUUAAUAAGAAGGAAGCUGGGAGAGAGAAAGAAAAGGAAGAGGAGGAGGAACAAGAGGAAGAGGAGGAAGACUAGGAGUGGAUGAGAUAAAGCGGAAAUAUCUAUGUAUGUAGUAAGCAAACUAAGCAUCUUCACAUCGUGUAUUUUGCCGUCUUUGCAGAUUAUACCUACCUUAGCUGGUGAGAUAUCUCAGUUGGUUAGUGCACCAACUGAAUUAUGUGUUCAGCGCUCAGGGUUGCAGGCCUAAUUCAUAUUAAUAAAGGUUGACUCUGCAUUUUAAUCUUGCAGGAUUAAUAAAGUAAGUACCAUAGAGUUUGGAUACUAGAAACAGCUUUAAUUUUAUGAAACAUAACGUGAUUAUAUCACGUGUGCUCUGUGAUGUAUGCAUGAUGAUGUAUAUUUUUGGAUCGUUUUGAUGCAUUACAUUAUUGUACAGUCUUGUAAUUCCAGUUCAGAACGUAGCUAAAAUUAAGCUUUCUGGUGUGCAGGUUGUUGAUAAUGCAGAGGGACAGAUCCUGAGACAAUGAGAAGACAUUCUACCACCCUCCGCAUUCCAGAGGACCUGCCCCACGUUGACUUGCUCCUUACUUUAUUUUGCUUUGCUGUGCACUGCAGUUGCCUCUGGAGGUGAUCAUUUUAAGAAACCCUAGAAGAGAUCCAGAGAAGAGCUCUUUUUCUGGACAGCUAUCCAUGGACCUUGCAAAAGCUGGCUUUUGUUGUAUUUUUAUAAUCUAUUUCAGAUUUAAGAAUAAAUGAGAAGAUGCUCACCUGUUGGUUUCUUUCAAUUUGUGGGAUGCUGCCAAUAGCGUGGAUGAGUUACACAAGGUUAAUUAUGGAAUAAGAUAUUCUACAUGAUAAUUCUCCUGACUGUGUGUAUUAACCAUCAUUGUAUCACCUUCAGGUUUUUGAGAAUUAAUGAGGGACAUCUACACCUUUAUUCUCCCCUAGUGAAAGUACAAACUGGAAUUUUUUUAUAUAAUUGAAGCCAGAUUUCAUGCAUUAUAUUGCAUCAUUUUAUUUUUUGGGUUGUUUUCCCGUUCUGUGUUCAAUAUAAGAAAGCACUCAUUUUUGGAUGAAUAGAUAUAAUUUAACGAAAGCAACUCGUAUAACAUAGGUAGCGCCCAUGAGGUUUACACUGUUAAUCUGCAUAUUUAUCAUGUAGGGACAAGUGAUGGCCUGCUGUACUUUGGU